AUGUCUCAGAGCCAACAUUCCCUGGUCUACGACCACUACAGCUCUUCUAUCUUCGGGGAUAACCCUUCUGAUAACCUCAAUUUCCUCUCAGCUGAUACUCUAUAUACCGAUACCUCUACUUCAGCACUAGACCCUAGUCCUACGCAGCUACUAGCCGUGUUAUCUCCCCCAGAUAACCUCCAGCGAGUCGGGCCCCUAAGAAAGCAGAAUUACGUCCUUUGGACAGAGAUGGCAAACGACGAGUUCGUUGCAUGGUGGUUACAGACGGAGUUUGGCAGCCGUAUCAAGCGCAAUAUCUUUGAGGGCAGGCGCCAGGCAGAGUGCUGGAAGCACUUCCACCAGGUUGCUGCUAUCAAAGAUGGAGCUCCAAAGGUUCUAUGCAAAUCAUGCGACCAUGCCCUACAUCAUCCCGGGGACGGUCAUCGUGGAACAUCUACUAUGAAUAAACACUACUCAUCGAGUGUUAACUGCCGAAAGAUGAUAUCACAGUCAAAUGAUAUUCGAAAGCUAAUUAGACAAGGGGCCCAUCUUGCACCACCGAAAGCCAUCCUAACAAACGAGGACUGGCAAGAGAGGGUGCUUACCUUCAUAACUAGCUUACAGCUACCGUUUCAAAUUGUUGAGCACCCUCAAUUCCGUGCCCUUAUCGAAGCAAGCCGUCUUACUCCAUCAAUACCAGAAAUCCCUUCAUCAAAGACCAUCCGCCAACGAUUAUGA